AUGCCUUCUUCCCAGAUCAUUACCUUUCUGGUGGCUUUAAUUGACUUGGCCCUCGGUGGGCUCGUCUCCAAUGGCUUUGUAGUUGCAGUGAUAGUCAUUGAAUGGGCUAAAUGCAAGACCCUCGCAGCUAGGGAGCAACUUAUUCUAUCCAUGGCCUUUGGCCUAUUCUCCCGACUCUGGGUCAUUGCCUGGCUCUGUGUCUUCUAUUGCAUCAAGAUAGUGAACAGCACACACUCCCUCUUCCUUUGGUGCAAGCUGAGGAUAUCGCGCCUGGUGCCCUGGCUUCUUGGGGGCUCUCUUGUCAUCACGUUUCUUGCGUCCUUCACUGCAAUUCAAAAUGAGCAAUGCAAUUCUCUCAUGAGCAAUGCAACAGUCAACAAUGCAAACAUGACACAAGGGAAGACAGAGAAUAAGCUUGACUGCUUUCUUGAAGACUUGCUUCUAAUUGGUCAUACUGUCUGUCCCUUUCUUAUAGUUUUCAUUUGCUCCAUCCUGGUUGUGACCUCGCUCUGUAGGCAUGUCUGCCAGAUGACAGGUAAAGAAUCCAAAUUUAGGAGCCCUCAAACAGAAGCCCACGUCAAGGCAGCUGGAACAGUGCUCUUCCUCCUGAUUCUUUCCAUUUUUUUUUAUGUGGCAGAGACUUUGUUUAUAACUGGACAAGCUGGAAAAAACAUAUAUGCUACUUCAGUGUGUAUAACAGUUAUAAUAUCGUAUUCCCCUGUGCAGGCUGCCAUCCUGGUGUCGGUGAAUCCUAAGCUCAAGCAGGCAGCUGCCAGGAUGCUUCCAAGAGCAAAGCCUUCAUAAUUCUUAGAUGUUGCAUUUU